GGUGGGGUGGGGUAAUUAUUUCCAUAUGAUAUUAAUCGCAGUUUCAAUGAAUUUUUUUUCAUAUACUUUAUUUCAUAAACUUUUGACGGAAUAUAUAAAACUCUUUACAUUUAUUUAAGAUAAUAAUGAACAUGAUUUGGUAACUUUUUUCUCCAUUGUUUUAGCAUGUAUAACAUGUAUGAUCAACUGAAAAGAGUCAAACAGUCUACUUAGUUGAAAAACCGACUUAUUUUCAACCAUAUUUCAACGUUGAAAGACGUAGUCAAACAGUCCAGCCAAACUACUUCGUUGAAAUCACGUCGAAAACCAGUCCAAGGCGGACCGACUUAUUUUCAACCAUAUUUCAACGUUGAAAGACGGUGAAAUGGUGAGAUGUCUCACUCAACUCAAAUCAGCUGGGGACUAAGAAAUACUUCAUAAACUACGUGUCAGAGAGAAGAGAGUGGGAGAAGAGUCCAGCAUCCGGCUGAGUUCACUGUUCAAGAGAGAGUCAACCUCUUGGGGCAUUUACGGGAGUAUCUCAUGGCAGCAUCUUAAUGUCAGCCAUACUUCCUCCACCCCCCUCCCCCACCCAUGCACUAUUCAGAUCUCAGGGGAAUCAAAGAGCCAAUUAAAACGUGGUAGCACUGAUGCGAGACCCAGCAGAGGUGAACUGUUGCUUGCUUCUGAACAACCAACACAGUUUAAGCCGUCCUCUGUUUCAAAGAACUAUCUGGAGCAACAAUAUGGAGCUCACAAAUACUCUUGAGCUACAGAUCAGAGCAUUACCUUCCUUUUAAACUGCAGACCACUGAACGUCUGUAGGUCAGCACUUGCUGAAUAGAGUAACCUCGGUUUUGUCUCACUGGAUUUAAACCGUGGUCGCCUGGACACUCAGAGAAGCCGGAACGCUUUCAACAUGGGCCCCAUGUAUAAAGGUGGCGGUCUGGAUCGGAACCCUCUCCAGCCAUGAGCUGAUCCCUCCUCGUACAAGGCGUCCCGGGGAGGAUGACAGCCGUGUGCCCAGCAGGGGUAGGCUCCUCCGGGGCUAUGGUGGGAGGCCCCAGGGUGUCUAGGGCUAUGACCGCAGGCGCAGGGGGUGAGGACGGAAGGUACGCCCGCUGGAGCCGCCAGGACAGCUCCGAUAUCGCUACGGAUGACGAGGGGGCCCCGGCCCGCCGCCUCACCCCCCUGGAGAGGCUCAACCUGGAAAUGUGCCAAGAUGACAGGGUAGUCCGCGAGCUCACUGUGGGGCGGCGUAUCGGCUUCUACAAGGUCCGCGGGGAGAUUGGCUGCGGAAACUUCUCCCACGUCAAACUGGGGAUCCAUGCCCUCACCAAAGACAAGGUGGCCAUUAAGAUCCUGGAUAAGACCAAGCUGGACCAGAAAACCCAGAGGCUGUUGUCCCGAGAGAUCUCCAGCAUGGAGAGACUGCACCACCCCAACAUCAUACGCCUCUAUGAAGUGGUGGAGACCUUAUCGCGUUUACACCUGGUGAUGGAGUACGCAGGUGGAGGAGAGCUUUACACCAAGAUCACUACAGAGGGGAAACUGUCAGACAUCGACAGCAAGAUUGUCUUCUCUCAGAUCCUGUCGGCUGUCAAACACAUGCAUGACAACAGCAUCAUCCACCGAGACCUGAAGACUGAGAACGUCUUCUACACCUGCAGCACCUGCGUUAAGGUGGGUGACUUCGGUUUCAGCACGCUGAGCCGCCGCGACGAGACCCUCAACACAUUCUGCGGCUCCCCGCCCUACGCUGCCCCAGAGCUCUUCCGCGACGAACACUACCUAGGCAUCUUCGUUGACAUCUGGGCCCUGGGCGUCAUGCUGUUCUUCAUGGUGACGGGGACCAUGCCCUUCCGGGCAGACACUGUGGCCAAGCUGAAGCGUUGCAUCCUGGAGGGGGUCUACGUGCUUCCCUCAUGGGUACCAGAGCCCUGCCAGAGGCUGAUCAGAGGCAUCCUCCAGCCCCAGCCUUCAGAUCGCUGCAGCAUAGAGCAGAUGAUGGGCUGUGAAUGGCUGCUGCCCGUCGACUUCCCGCGGGCCAUGGAGCCCUUUAAACUAGACCCGUCCUAUCUGGCGGAGAGCGCGCCGUCCGAGUUGGAGGAGGAUGAGGCAGAGGUGAGGUUGGAGCUGGAGACUUUAGGGAUCACCCCUGAGCACAUCUUGAAUAAUCAGGGGAAGGACUGCAGGAGUUCUGUUACGGGGGUUUACCGGAUUCUUUUACACCGUGCGCACAAGAGGAGAGCGGUAGAGAGCAUGCCCGUGGUGACUCAUGUGAUCGGGGCCAGCGUGACUAAAAAGGACCGGCUAAAAGCAUACCGCAGCUUACGACACACCUCUAAGCUCUGUGUGAUUCUGUGACCAAAAGCCUCAACCCCCAUUGUUAGAUGGUUAUGUAUUUUAUGGUCAAUAAGAGACCGAAUGUGAUUAGAUGACAAAUGAGGGUUGGGGGAAUAUUAAAUGAGUACAAAUCAAUCUUGAAUGUUUUUCUGCACAUUUUCAGCGCAGGUAGGAAAGCAGUGCCUGGAAAAAUAAACUGGAAAUGUUUCAGCUGGCAUUGCAGACUUGUUGCUGGCAUUUCACUGAUUGUUUGUAGUUAAAAUUGUUUUUUUGUUUUUUUGGGUGGAGCUUAUUCAUUUAAAUAAUGUUUGAUUCUGUUUGUUUUUUAUUGCACCAAUUCAGGCAAUUUAUCACAAUAUGAUCUAUUGUCCAUACAACCUAGGUCUAUAAGACAGACAAAAGUCAAUACGUUUGGCAUUUCUCUGAGAAUAUACUUUCACCUGGGUGUCUAAGCUCUUGACUUCCAGCAAACCGGUGAUGUUGUUAGGACGUCCAGCUGAGAGUGACAAAACUACCCUACGUGCUGGGGACAUCCUAACAACUCAUUUUGGUUUGCAGGAUUAACAUAUCAGACAAAGAAAAAUGUAACACAUUAUCUCGCAGAUACUUUUCUCCAAAGUGACAGGCAAUUUACGCACAUAAUAUUAAUGUAUGGAACCAUACAGCAAUCAACCACACCUCUGGUGUAGCCAUCAGUACCAAGUGUCUGAUCCUUAAUUCAGAUGUAGCAUCGCAGAAGGGAGAGAGUCCAGCAACCAGACUAAUGAUGAAUUGUAUGACUUGAAUUAGAAAGUAGGUAAUUGUCUUGAAAGUUUUAUUGCACUUUGUUUGGAUGCCUUUGUUUUUUUUCCUAAUUACAACACUGUUUGUCUGUGAAGGAAUGUAGCGGUGCUUAUGUAUGUUCGGCCUCUUUAAUUUAUGACUUCCUUCUGCCCUGCACCCUACCAAAGGAAAUUAGUUUGAUGACACUGGUCACUUUCCAGUUACAAGCUCGUCCACUUUUUUUAAUGUGCUUCAGAACUAGCACAGCUGAUACAGAUGGUCACCAAAUCAUCAAGCCCUACAAUUUUCAUAUUCGCAGCUUUUGUUCUGAAGCAAAUUGAAUAACUGGUCUGGCUGUGGGUACAUAACGAGAGUUUUGGGAUGUCAAUUGAUAUUUCUUACCCAGUUGGUUUUUGUGUUUUCAUGCCAGCUCCUUGCACUGUACAUAUCUAACAUGCUUGGCUUGAUAAUGUGCUAUGGGGUUUGCAAGAGCAUGGACAAAUCAGGGAAUGAGCCAGAUAUCUCUGGUCACUUGUUCAACUGGAACACUGAGCUAUUGGCCUGGCUGGGGUGAUACUGUAUUUUUACACCUUACUUUUCAACUCAAAGCAUUUGAUUUUCAGUUGCUAUUGAUAUGUGUUUUCUUAAAUAAAAUUCUGAAAUACUG